AUGCAUCUCCUGACAAUUUGUUUCUAUUACAGACAGAGUAAGAGUGAUAUUAGUGAAAAUAGAAGAGCCAUGACUAAAUUAAGAUUGGCAUCUGAAGUAUGUAAACAUACUUUAUCAACAUUACAAAAUGCUCAAUGUGCCGUUGAUUCUCUAUAUGAUGGUAUAGACUUUCACUACAAUGUUUCUAGAGGUCGUUUUGAAGUCUUGUGUAAUAAUUUAUUACAAGAAAGUAUUCAAUUAAUAGAACAAAUUUUACGAGAAACACAACUAAAUAAAUCAGAUAUUCAAAAGGUUAUAUUAUGUGGAGGAGGUAGUAAUGUACCUAUUUUACAGAAGACUAUAGGAGAUUAUUUAAAGGAGUCAACUAUAUUAUCAUCUAUUACCAGUGAUGAGGUUAUAGCUAUAGGGGCUGCUAAACAGGUAUGUCAACUCAAUUAUAAUAUGGAUUUGUAA